AUGUAUCGUUGGUUGUUAGCAGCACAAAUUUUGCUAUCAGCAGUAACCAUCAAUUACGGGUAUAAAAUUUUGGUAUUUUCACCACGAUUUGGCCGAAGUCAUGUAACAUAUGCCGGUUCAAUUGCAGAUGCAUUAAUAGAAGCCGGACAUCAAGUGGUAAGGCAGUUCCAUCUUUUUUUUUUUUUCUUUGUUGCUGAAAUUUUUGCAAACACUUGCGCUAUUGUAAAUGCUCGUUCUGAUGUUUUGAACGCUUUGAAAUUGGCAAAAUUUGACUUAGCCGUUGCAGAAAUAUUUGAUGUUUGCGCAUUUGCACAAUCUGCGUUAGUACUUGUCAAUUCCAAUCCAAUUUACGACUUUCCACGCCCAACGCUUCAUAAAAUAUUGCAUGUUGGUGGAAUAAAUGUCAAGAUACCAAGAAAGUUAAGUGAGGAAUGGAACACAGUUUUACGCCAAAGGCCUAAAACCGUUAUAGUUGCAUUUGGAAGCGUUGUAAGGAGUUGUACGAUGCCAGUGGAGAUGAAGAAAAAUUUACUGGAAGCAUUUGCUGAGUUUCCGAACGUAACAUUCAUUUGGAAAUAUGAGAAGGCUGAAAACGUCGCAAAGGAUUACACCAAUGUGGUGGUAGCGGAUUGGAUACCACAGAAUGACUUACUAAAUGAUAACCGUGUCGUUGGUGCAAUCACUCAUGGCGGAAUGAAUGGAAUACACGAGGCUGUUUAUGCUGGUAAACCACUAAUAAUAGUACCACUUUUUGGAGAGCAGACACAUAACGCCAAGAUGGCUGAGAGGGCAAACUUUGUUGGUAUAGACUCAUGGAAAUUCUGCCGUAGACGUAAAGAAUUUAAAAGAAACUUUUUUAGCUACGCAUCUGCUGCUAAGAAUCUGUCAGUGAUGGUAAAAUAUCAACCUUAUGAUAUUAAGCAAAGAAUGAUUGAAUACUUGAGUUAUGUGGCCAGAUUUGGAAAUCUCCCGAUGUUGGACAAUUUUGGACGAAAGCAGUCCAUGCUGACAUUCUACUUUUUAGACAUAUUUAUGAUACUUUUAUUUGCUGAAUUGGCUUUGUUCGGUAGUGCUGUCUACUAUUUGAGGCACUUUCUGCUUGAUUUUCUAGGAUUACAAGUAAAGGUAAAGACUUCGGAGGAUAAGAAGGCAAAAAAAGACACUGAAAAGGAUAAGACACAAUGA